AUGAGUGUGGAAAGUGUUUUACCCGGUAAAGCGUACAGCUGUGAGUUCUGUGGAAAGUCUUUUAUCCAGGCUGGAGACUUAAAAAGACACCAAGUCAUCCACAGUGGAGUUAAACCUUACAGCUGUGACUUGUGUGGAAAGUCUUUUGCCCUUGCUCAAAGCUUAAAAAAGCACCAACUCAUCCACAGUGGAGUUAAACCGUACAGCUGUGAGUUGUGUGGAAAGUCUUUUGUCGAGGCUGGACACUUAAAGAAACACCAACUCAUCCACAGUGGAGUUAAACUUUACAGCUGUGACUUGUGUGGAAAAUCUUUUGUGCAGGCGGGAAACUUAAAAACACACAGAAUCAUGCACAGUGGAUUUAAACCUUACAACUGUGAUGAGUGUGGAAAGUCUUUUACCCAGGCUGGAAACUUAUUAAAACACCAACUCAUCCACAGUGGAGUUAAACCUUACAGCUGUGAGUUCUGUGGAAAAUCUUUUGUGCAGGCUGGAAACUUAAAAUCACACCAACUCAUCCACAGUGCAGUUAAAGCGUACAGCUGUGACUUGUGUGGAAAGUGGUUUACCCGGGCAGAAAACCUAAAAAGACACCAUCUCAUCCACAGUGGAUUUAAACCUUACAGUUGUGACUUGUGUGGAAAGUGUUUUACCCAGGCUGAAGGCUUAAAAAAACACCAACUCAUCCACAGUGAAGUUAAACCUUACAGCUGUGACUUGUGUGGAAAGUCUUUUGCCCGGGCUGAAGGCUUAAAAAAACACCAACUCAUCCACAGUGAAGUUAAACCUUACAGCUGUGACUUGUGUGGAAAGUCUUUUACCCAGGCUGGAAGCUUAAAAACACACCAACUCAUCCAUAGUGAAGUUAAACCUUACAGCUGUGAGUUGUGUGGAAAGUCUUUUGUCCGGGCUGAAGGCUUAAAAACACACCAACUCAUCCACAGUGGAGUUAAACCUUACAGCUGUGAUGAGUGUGGAAAGUCUUUUACCCGGGCUGGAGACUUAAAAAAACACCAACUCAUCCACAGUGGAUUUAAACCUUACAGCUGUGACUUGUGUGGAAAGUCUUUUGCCUGGGCUGGAGACCUCAAAAAGCACCAACUCAUCCACAGUGGAUUUAAACCUUACAGCUGUGAUUUGUGUGGAAAGUCAUUUACCCGGGCUCGACACUUAAAAAUCCACCAACUCAUCCACAGUGGAGUUAAAUCUUACAGCUGUGACUUGUGUGGUAAAGCUUUUGCUCAAAGUCGAAACUUACAGAAGCAUCUAGUUACCCACUCUGGAAUUAAGGCGUACAGCUGCGACAUUUGUGGAAAAACUUUCAGUGGAAAAAGGUACCGUAAUAUUCACCUACGGAUUCACACUGGAAAUGAUGUUUCCUACUGUGAUCGGUGUGGAAAACUGUUUACAACAGAUGCACAAUUAAAACUACACAUGUUUAGCCACUCUGAGGAGAGACCUUAUAAAUGUGACCUGUGUGAGAAGACUUUUAAAUCUCCACAUUACCUGAAAAGACACCAACAGAUCCACACCAGAAAGUAACUCUAGAAGUGCAGUUACUGUGAGGACGUAUUGAUUUUUUAUCUUGUAAUUUUAACCUGAUUGUUUGUAACAAGUCUGAUCACUAAACUUAUGGCAUUAUACCGAAUGAACAGUUUGGAAAAAUGAAGAGUCACUCUCGCUCGGUAAGCUGAGUGUUAUAAUUUAAACAAUAAAACGUAAUUGGACAUUGCAGAGAUCACUUACGCUGUCAUUGUUUAGAAGCAGAGCGACACACAUAGAUCCACUUCUCAACCCUGUCGUCACUGUGGUGGUGAGAAAACGUUUCUCUGUGAUCGUUGUGGAAAAA